AUGUCGCCCUUCCCGCCUCGCGCCGCUCUCCGUCUUUUCCCCGUUCCCUCUGGAUCGGCAACGCUGCCCUUUGCUCAAGGGGGAGUUAAGAGUGUGGUCGCUUCUCUCGGGCUCCGUUCCGCGUUUUCGGCUGUCCCUCUGAACGCAGGCAAGCGUUUCUUCGCCUCUCCCUCGAAGCAAGUUCCUUCCUCGUGCGCUGUGAACGGGGGCACGCACGCCCUCAGCCUCUCCCGACCCAGACUGGGAGGCUCCCUCGAGGACUACUACACUAACAGCCAGCUCGCCACCUGCAUCCAGUCCCCGUGGCCGUUCUACAUGUGGUCCUUCUGGGCUUUCCUGAUGGUUGUCGUUCCCGUCGGUCUGUUGUUUCAGAGCAACUACUACUUCUCGGGGCGUAUUCUCCCCAAGGUUAACGGCAACACGCAGCUAUGCGAAGAUUCCUGGUAA